UCGAUACACUGUGUAUAAAAUUACUUAGCUCAAGAAAUUUUAAACGUACAAAUAUGGAGUUCUUUGGAUUAACUACAUAUGGCCCUCAAAACUAUAUACAAGAUAUAAUGAAUAAAGAAUAUGAAGAGCCCUCUAGUAAGGAUGAAGUAAAAUCGUUAAUGCAAAAAAUUAUUAUGUAUUCUACAAUACCAAAACAGAUACAGAGACCCAAUAUCGAUGUUUUCAGUUUGAUUGAUUGUUAUUUAGGGAGGGUUAAUGGUUUCGCUUACGGCUCUGCUCAAAGAUUUAUUAAAAUGAAAAGAAAAGGUGUAAUCAAGCCAGCUGGGCCUUCUGACAUGUAUAGAUUUCCACCUACAACGGCAAUGGAGUUCGGAUGGUGGCAAUAUGACCCAGAAUUGACUUCUUGGCAUCAUACUCAUCCAAGAUAUCCACAACCAGCAUCACCAAAUACUUUAAUCCUAGACAAAGUUAGAAAGAAUAAUAAAUAUGCUACAUUAUUCUAAUUUUUAUAGAAUAUUUGUAUGUUUAUGAGAAAAAAUCA